CUCGUGGAUUUUCGAACAACUCGUAUAAGUACCGAUCCCAAUCGAUUGUCUCGUGCUCUCCUCAAAGAUUUAACGCUGACUUUCCCAUAGGGUUUUCUCGCCUCCUGCUUUCUCGUCUACCCCAUCUAGCCAAGAACAAAUCUUCCCAGAUGGGUGAUUCACAAGGUAAUGCCAAAAAAAAAAGGAUUAUAAAACUUGGACCAUAGAUGAGAGUAAUGUCUUGCUUCAGCUAAUGGUUGAAAGUGCCAAACUUGGCCUUCGUGAUAUAAAUGGUGUGAUAAGUAAACAAAUGGUAGAGACCAGACUCCUUCCUAAACUUAAGGAAAAGCUUGGGUAUGAAAUUAGUUUUAAUCAUUAUCAAAGUAGACUCAAAUGGUUUAAAAAACAAUACUCCAAUUACUCUCAACUUAUGCGUCACAACUCUGGAUUCGGAUGGCAUGCGGCCACAAAGAAAUUCACCGCUUCCGAAGAAGUAUGGGCUGACUAUCUGAAGAACAUGCACACCUUCGGUCAGAAACUUGUCCGGACUAUGAGGAUGAGAAUCACAGUGGGGAAUGGAACUGCAACUGGGAUGGGUGCAAUUGGUCUUGGUGAAAAUACAGAUGCUACGGUGCUAGGAGUAGAUGAUGAAUCAGGUGGAAUUGGUGGCAUUGAUGGAUUAUUUUUUUAUCCAAAUACUAACACCUUCACACCGAGUGAAAAUGCAUCAUCCCACCAGGAGGACUCAUCAUAUCUUCCACAAGAUGGUGGUAGAAAUAUAGAGGAUCCACCUUCAUCAAGCAAUAGAGCUAAAGGAAAAAGGGGUAGAAAUGAUUUUGAGAACAAUGGAAGAACAAAGGAACCUAAUAGUCACAGAGAGGUUAUUGAGAGCUUGUCAAUGGGGUUUAAUAAAAUUGUUAAGAGUUUUGAUAAAAUUUGUUAUUUAAUGGAGAAGAGAGAAGCAAGGGACAAUGAUCUUUUGGAUGCUAUGAAAGAGACCCCUGGAUUAACAGACGAGGAUUGCUUUAAAGCUCUUGAUUUGCUGAAUACAAAAGCGAAGCAAGAUUUCUUUUUAAGGAUGACUCCUGAACAACACUAUCACUGGAUCGUCAAUCGAUAAACAACUUCAUUAGAUUCGUCCUCUAGAGAUAUUUAAUAAUAAAUAGGCCAUGAUUGCAUAUUUACUUUAUCUAUUCUAUUGUUGGAGUGAUUUAAUUUAUUUGAGGUGCAAAGAUAUGGAUUAUUUGAACUAUGUUAUGUAUUAUCCGUUAGAAUGCUUUUAUUAUAA